AUGGUUCGCAGUUCUAAUAUUGUCGCCGCUGCUACGUUCCUGGCCGGCGUGUGCCAGGCCCAGGCCACCGGGUUCAAAAGCUGUGAUGCGCUCAUUGAUGCCGGACUUGGUGAAAGCCUCCUGCUGCCAGCAAGCGAGGAUGACACGUACACUCGGGCUCUGGGAACGUAUUACUCGGCCACUGUGGCGGAGAUGAGGCCAUUCUGCAUCCUUCAACCCAAGACCGUAGCUGAUGUGUCCACCGCGGUCAAGGCUCUAGCUCCUCUGAGCGGUGCCGGGUCCUGGAAUAUCGCCGUCCGCGGCGGUGGUCACGGUCAUUGGGGAGGCAAUAACGUCCACAAUGGCGUGACAAUCGACCUUUCUCUUUUCAACAAGACCGUCCUCGCAGAAACCGAAAAGCAUGGACUUGGUGUCACAGGCGGUCGCAUCGGAAAUGUUGGUGUCGCAGGCCUCACCCUCGGAGGAGGCACCUCAUUCCUCAUUGCCGAGCGAGGCUUUGCCUGCGAUGACGUUGUGAACUACGAGGUCGUCCUCGCCGACGGUAGUACAGUCAACGCCAACAAGCACGACAACCCUCGGCUCUUCAAGGCCCUCAAAGGCGGCGGUAGCAACUUCGGUAUUGUAACCCGCUUCGACAUGGCUACUUUCCCCAAGAAGACCUUGUACGGCGGUAUCAUGUUCAUCGACUGGAAGCACAAGGACGAGCUUGUGGAUUCAAUGAUCGAGGUCAUUUCCGACAGCGAGGAGAAGCCCGGAGACAGCAUGAUUGUCAUGUAUACCUACAAUGCAGGUGCUGCAGCUCCAAUGAUGGGCACCAUCCCCAUGAGUGCCACGGGCGAUGAGGACGCUCGACCUUUCCGCGGGAUGGACCAGAUGACGGCUGUCAUGGAUAUGCGCACGAGGUGGACCUACGGCGAACUCCUUGCAGUCAUGCAAGAUAACGGUGGCAAGAGAAACUCCUGGUACACGCUCUGCUUUCACAACGACAAGCGCAUCAUGGACAAAGCCGAGGAACUGUUUCACACCCUCGUCGCAGACGCCGAAAAGGCCUUCCCGAACGCCUCCUGGUCGCUCAACUUCGUCUUCCAGCCCUUGCCCAAGGUUGUUGCCAAGUUCUCCGGCGGAAAUGCUCUCGGACUACAAGACAGUCUGACGCACGAUGGCAUUCUUUUCGCGGGUGAGGCAACGCUCAACACACGCGCCGAGGAGGCCUAUUUCAGCUCCCGCCUGGCAAUCAUCACCCACCAGCUCGAGGCAUACGCUAAGUCAGUUGACGGCAACAUCCCCUUCCGCUACCUGCCCUAUGCCGCUCCCGAGCAGGAUCCCCUCAGCACGUACGGCGCUGAGAACAUUGCUCUGAUGAAAGACGUUGCCCUUGAGUACGACCCUACAGGAUUCUUUCAGACCAGGGUCAAUGGAGGUUUCAAGCUCGACAACGUCGCGUAA